CUCUACAUUGUCUCAGAGGCGAAAACCUUUGUUGAUCGUUGCGGAAGAUGUGGAGAGUGAAGCCUUGGCUACUCUAAUUAUCAACAAGCUUCGAGCUGGAUUAAAGGUUUGUGCUAUUAAAGCUCCUGGAUUUGGAGAUAACAGAAAGGCCUAUCUAAAGGACUUAGCAGCACUGACGAGAGGCAAGGUCAUCACCAAUGACCUUGGAAUGAACCUUGAGAAUUUCACAGAAGACAUGCUUGGCUCAUGCAAAAAGGUUACAGUAUCAAAAGAUGACACUGUUAUUCUUGAUGGAGCUGGUGACAAGGAUGCUAUUGAGGAAAGAUGUAACCAGUUACGGUCAGGAAUUGAGUUAAGCACCUCUGAUUAUGACAAGGAGAAGCUCCAGGAGAGACUCGCUAAGCUUUCUGGCGGUGUUGCUGUCUUGAAGGUAAGACUUACAAUCUGCAAUAUCCAGGGGCACUCUGAGAACUAUAAUUGA